AUGGCAGAAGCUGCAGAUGGAGAGGAAGAGAUUCAGUUUUUGCGUACGGAUGACCAGGUUGUGUUACAGUGCACCGCCUCCAUACUGAAAGAGCAGAUAAAGCUUUGUCUAUCAUGUGAAGGCUUUGGGAAUCGCCUCUGCUUCCUGGAGACCACCUCCAAUGCCCAGAAUGUUCCUCCUGACCUGGCUAUCUGCUGCUUCAUUUUGGAGCAAUCCCUGUCCGUACGUGCAUUACAAGAGAUGCUGUCCAACACGUCUCUGGAUGAGGCAGUCGAUUUGGACAAAUGGUCUUCACAAGGAGGAGGCAGCCGCACUUUGCUCUAUGGCCAUGCCAUCCUUCUAAAGCACACACACUCCAGCAUGUACCUUUGCUGUUUGACUACUUCACGUUCGCUCACAGACAAACUGGCUUUCGAUGUGGGCUUACAGGAAGACUCUACGGGAGAGGCUUGCUGGUGGACCAUCCAUCCAGCCUCCAAACAAAGAUCUGAAGGGGAAAAGGUCCGGGUGGGAGAUGACCUCAUUCUUGUCAGUGUGUCCUCAGAGAGAUACUUGCAUCUCUCCUAUGCCAGUGGUGACUUGAUGGUGGAUGCUUCCUUCAUGCAGACACUGUGGACUAUGAACCCUGUGAUGUCUGGAUGUGAGCUGGCUGAAGGGUAUCUGACAGGAGGCUAUGUACUCAGGCUCUUCCACGGUCACAUGGAUGAGUGUUUGGCCAUCCCAGCAGCUGACCAAGGGGAUGAACAACGCAGGGUUGCUCAUUAUGAGGGAGGGGCAGUGUGCAGUCAUGCCCGUUCUUUAUGGCGGCUUGAACCACUUCGAAUUGGGUGGAGUGGAAGUCACAUUAAGUGGGGCCAGUCUUUCCGGAUUCGUCAUAUAACUACAGGCAGAUACCUCUGUCUGGAUGAAGAGAAAGGAUUGCUGGUGGUGGAUCCAGAAAAAGCCAAUGCCAAGAUGUCCGCUUUCUGCUUCAGAAUAUCAAAGGAGAAGAUCGAAGUGGCUCAGAAGAGGGAUGUGGAAGGCAUGGGCACACCUGAGAUCAAGUACGGGGAGUCUAUGUGCUUCGUACAACAUGUUUCUACUGGCCUUUGGUUAACGUAUGCUGCUGUUGAUGCAAAAUCCGCCCGUCUGGGGCCUCUCAAGAGGAAGGCCAUCCUCCAUAAAGAGGGCCACAUGGAUGACGCCCUCACUGUGGCUCGCUCUCAGACAGAAGAGUCCCAGGCUGCUAGGAUGAUCUACAGCACAACAGGCCUUUUUAGCCAGUUCAUCAAAGGUUUAGAUGCUCUGAGUGGGAAGAGCAAGUCACCCAACCCGCUGUCUCUGCCCAUGGAGUCUGUAGUGCUUUCCCUGCAGGACCUCAUCUUCUACUUCCGCCCCCCUGAGGAGGAGCUGGAGCAUGAGGAGAAACAGUCUAAACUCCGCUCCCUCAAGAACAGACAGAAUCUCUUCCAAGAAGAAGGCAUGAUCACACUUGUUCUAGACUGUGUUGAUCGACUGAAUGUCUACAAUACAGCAGCCCACUUCUCAGAAUUUGCUGGGGAGGAGGCUGCAGAAUCAUGGAAGGAGAUAGUUAAUUUGCUGUAUGAAUUGCUGGCUUCUUUGAUCAGAGGUAACCGGGCCAACUGUGCCCUGUUCUGCGACAACCUUGACUGGCUGGUCAGUAAACUGGACCGUCUGGAGGCAUCCUCAGGAAUCCUGGAGGUGCUUUCUUGUGUUCUAAUCGAGAGUCCAGAGGUCCUGAAUAUCAUCCAGGAGAACCACAUAAAAUCAAUAAUCUCUCUUCUGGAUAAGCAUGGACGCAAUCAUAAGGUGCUGGAUGUGCUUUGUUCACUUUGUGUGUGUAACGGCGUGGCUGUAAGGUCUAAUCAGAACCUCAUCACAGAGAAUCUGCUUCCAGGUCGUGACCUCCUACUUCAAACCAACAUCAUCAAUUAUGUCACCAGCAUGAGGCCCAACAUUUUCGUCGGAACAUGCGAGGGAUCCACCCAGUAUAAGAAGUGGUAUUUUGAGGUGAUGGUGGACCAUGUGGAGCCCUUCGUGACAGCUCAGCCCUUUCACCUGCGUGUGGGCUGGGCUCUGACUGAGGGCUAUAGCCCCUACCCCGGAGGAGGAGAAGGCUGGGGUGGCAAUGGGGUUGGGGAUGACCUCUACUCCUAUGGCUUUGAUGGACUUCACCUGUGGUCAGGGCGUGUUCCACGUCAUGUUGCUACCCCCAGUCAACACAUUCUGGCAGCAGAAGAUGUAGUAAGCUGCUGUCUGGAUUUGUGCGUGCCCAGUAUUUCCUUCCGAAUAAAUGGGCACCCUGUACAGGGCAUGUUUGAAAACUUCAAUCUGGAUGGCCUCUUCUUCCCUGUUGUCAGUUUCUCUGCAGGUGUGAGGGUCCGCUUUCUCUUGGGAGGGCGCCAUGGGGAUUUUAAGUUCCUCCCGCCCCCAGGCUAUGCUCCAUGCCAUGAGGCCGUGUUGCCCAGGGAUCGCUUACGGAUUGAACCAAUCAAGGAGUAUAAGCAUGAUUUCAAUGGUGUCCGUAACCUGUUGGGGCCCACACAGUCCCUCUCACAUACUGCCUUCACUCCCUGCCCUGUAGACACAGUGCAGAUUGUACUUCCACCUCAUUUGGAGCGCAUUCGGGAGAAGUUAGCAGAAAAUAGCCAUGAAUUAUGGGCUCUUACUCGAAUUGAACAAGGAUGGACAUAUGGACUAUUCAGGGAUGAUAACAAGAAGCUGCACCCUUGCCUGGUAGAUUUCCAGAGUUUGCCUGAACCAGAGAAAAAUUAUAACCUAGCCAUGUCAGGGGAGACACUGAAGACUCUUCUGGCACUGGGCUGCCAUGUGGGGAUGGGAGAUGAGAAAGCAGAGGAGAAUCUGAAAAAAGUCAAGCUCCCCAAAACUUAUAUACAGAGCAGUGGGUAUAAACCAGCCCCCUUGGACCUCAGCCAUGUUAAACUGACCCCCAACCAGAACACUCUGGUGGAGAGAUUGGCAGAAAAUGGACACAACGUGUGGGCAAGAGACCGGGUUCGCCAAGGCUGGACGUAUAGUAUUAUGCAGGACAUUAUGAACAAGCGCAAUCCCCGUCUGGUUCCUUACAACCUACUUGAUGAAAAGACCAAGAAAACCAACAGAGACACUGUUUGUGCAGCUGUUCGCACUCUUAUUGGCUAUGGUUACAACAUAGAGCCACCUGACCAGGAGAGCAGUGGCCAUGGGGCUGGUGGUUCCCGUGGAGAUAAGAUCCGAGUGUUCAGAGCUGAGAAGUCUUAUGCUGUCACCCAGGGGAAGUGGUACUUUGAGUUUGAGGCUGUAACAGUCGGAGAGAUGAGAGUUGGCUGGGCUAGACCCAGUGUCCGCGCCGACACUGAACUUGGUGGAGAUGAGUUAGCCUAUGUCUUCAAUGGCUUUAAGGCUCAACGUUGGCACGUGGGCAACGAGCCAUUCGGUCGGCAGUGGCAAUCUGGUGAUGUGGUGGGCUGUAUGAUUGACCUCAUUGAGAUGAACAUCAUGUUUACCCUAAAUGGAGAGAUGCUGAUCAGUGACUCAGGAUCAGAGAUGGCGUUCAAGGACAUAGAGAUAGGAGAAGGCUUUAUCCCAGUGUGUAGCCUGGGCCUCUCUCAGGUCGGUAGGAUCAACUUGGGUCAGAAUGUCAGCAGCCUACAGUACUUUACCAUCUGUGGCCUACAGGAGGGAUUUGAACCCUUUGCAAUCAACAUGAAAAGAGACAUCACCAUGUGGUUCAGCAAGAGCCUGCCUCAGUUUAUCCCUGUGCCCACUGAUCAUCCUCACAUCGAGGUGUCCCGUGUGGAUGGGACGGUGGACAGCGCCCCUUGUCUGAAGGUGACCCACAAGACCUUUGGCUCUCAGAACGCCAACACAGAUCUGUUGUUCUUCAGACUCAGCAUGCCAGUAGAAUUUCAUGAGACUUUUAAAGUUCCAGCAGGGACAACCCUUCUCACCCGUGCCUUAACCAUCCCGGAGGAUGAGGUAGUGGAAGUUGACCCAGACUCUGACUUUGAAGUGCUCAAAAAAUCAGCAACACGCAAAGAGCAGGAGGAAGAGAAGAAAGAACCUUCUGUGCCUAAGGAGAUCCCUGCAAUCAAAAACGGAGAGAAUGAAAAGGACGCCUCAACUGAGAAGAGCAAGAAGAAAGGGUUCCUAUUCAAGGCUAAAAAGGCUGCGUUAAUGACUCCACCCCCUGUAGUUCCCACCAUGCCACGCUUGGUGGAGGAUGUGGUGCCAGAUGACCGUGAUGACAUUGACAUAAUUCUAAACACCACAACAUACUAUUACUCUGUGCGAGUGUUUGCGGGUCAAGAGCCCAGUGGAGUGUGGGUGGGCUGGAUCACACCUGACUACCAUCAGUACGACCCUCACUUUGACCUGAGCAAAGUGAGAAAUGUAACUGUCACUGUUGGGGAUGACAAAGGCAACAUUCAUGAUAGUAUAAAACGCAGUAACUGCUACAUGGUAUGGGGAGGAGAGUUUAGCAGCUCCCAGCAAACCCGGGUCAGUCAAGAGGAUUUUGUGAUUGGUUGCCUUAUUGAUUUGGACACAGGACUCAUGACCUUCACUGCCAAUGGAAAAGAGAUCAACACAUUCUAUCAAGUUGAGCCCAACACAAAACUGUUUCCUGCUGUCUUUGUCCUGCCCUCCAGUCAGAAUACAAUUCAAGUAGAACUUGGCAAGCUCAAGAACAUCAUGCCUAUUUCAGCAGCCAUGUUCCGCAGUGAGCGCAAGAACCCAGUCCCCCAGUGUCCCCCUAGGCUGGAUGUCCAGAUGUUGACUCCGGUCAUCUGGAGCCGGAUGCCCAACCACUUCCUGGCUCCAGACACAGGUCGGAUUAGUGAAAGACUGGGCUGGGUGGUGGAGUGUAAUGAGCCCCUCACCAUGAUGGCCCUGCAUAUCUCAGAGGAGAACAGGUGCAUUGAUAUACUGGAGCUGUCUGAGCGUAUGGACUUGCUGACUUUCCACUACCACACGUUGAAGUUGUAUGGCUCAGUGUGUGCCCUGGGAAACAACCGUGUGGCUCAUGCUCUGUGCAGCCAUGUGGACGAGUCCCAGCUCUUCUAUGCCAUAGAAAACACCUACUUACCGGGGCCAAUGAGAAGCGGUUUCUAUGACCUGCUCAUCAGCAUGCACCUGGAGUCUGCCAAGAGAAACCGCCUGGGCACCAACAAGGAAUUCAUUGUACCCAUGACAGAUGAGACACGCACAAUUAGCCUGUAUUCCGAUAAGGACAAAUUUCAUGCUUUACCUGGGGUUGGCCUCACAACAUGCUUGCGCCCCAAACUCCAUUUCUCCCCCACUGGGUUUGUGGGAACAAACCUAGACAUCUAUACUCUGAGUCCAGUCAUUCCCAUACAGGUGCUGAAGACCAAGGCCCUAAACAUGUUGACUGAGGCUGUGCAGGAUGGCGGUCAGGCCAUGCGAGAUCCUGUUGGGGGCAGUGUCGAAUUCCAUUUUGUUCCCAUCCUCAAGCUCACCAGCACUCUCCUCAUUAUGGGUGUGUUUGAUGAUGAAGAUGUCAAGCACAUCCUGAAGAUGAUUGAGCCAACAGUCUUCAGUGGCAAGACACCAGAACUUCCUGCUGAGGAGAAUGGGGAAGGUAAGGCAGAAAAGGAACAAAGAGUAGCCAUAAAAGAGAGAGUUGUGAAGGAGGAAGAGGAGGAUGAGGAAGCAGUUGAAGAGGCUGAAGAAGAAAUUGAGGAUGAGGGCAUGGGUGAGGAAGAGGAGGAGGAACUAGAGGCAGAGGAAGAAGUGGAGGAGACAGAAUCCAAUGGUCCAGAUGAAGACAUGGUGGAUGGGACUGAACAAGUAAAUGGAGAGAAGGGAGCUAAUGAGACGGAGAAAGAAACUAAAUCGGCAGAGACAGGUGGUGAGACAAAGGAAGAAGUUCUGGAGGAAGGACUUUUCCAGAUGAAAUUGCCAGAGUCUGUCAAACUGCAGAUGUGUACCCUUCUGCAGUAUUUCUGUGACUGUGAGCUGCGACACAGAGUGGAGGCCAUUAUUGCCUUUUCAGAUCAGUUUGUCAGCCAGAUACAGGCAAACCAGAGGCAGCGUUACAAUGAACUGAUGUUGGCAUUCACCAUGACUGCUGCUGAGACUGCCCGCAAGACCCGUGAAUUCCGUUCCCCUCCGCAGGAGCAGGUCAACAUGCUUAUGAACUUCAAGAAUUGUACUGAAUAUGAGGACUGUCCUGUGCCUGAUGAUGUCCGCGAGUCUCUCGUGAUCUUUCAUAAUGACCUACUGGCACACUGUGGUGUGCAUAUAGAGGAGGAGGAGCAGGAGGAAGAGGUGGAUAACUCUGUGCGUGGACGACUGUUGCGGUUGCUGGAAAAAGUGAAGAAAUUUCGUGAAAAGAAGGUAGAGGUGGAACCUGAGCCAGAGGAAGAAAAAAAACCAGCCACCUUGCAGGAGCUGAUUUCUCAUACAAUGAUCCACUGGGCCCAGGAAUCAUUCAUUCAAAACCCUGAGCUGGUGCGCAUGAUGUUCAGCCUGCUACACAGGCAGUAUGAUGGGCUAGGGGAGCUUAUUCGGGCCCUGCCCAAGGCCUACACUAUCAAUGCAGUCUCCAUCCAGGAUACCAUGGACUUGCUGGAGUGCUUGGGCCAGAUCCGCUCUCUGCUUAUUGUCCAAAUGGGACCAGAGGAGGAGAGGCUUAUGAUUCAAAGCAUUGGAAACAUCAUGAGUAACAAAGUGUUCUACCAGCACCCCAACUUGAUGCGAGCCCUGGGCAUGCAUGAAACUGUUAUGGAGGUCAUGGUCAAUGUACUAGGUGGUGGCGACUCAAAGGAAAUCAGAUUCCCUCGGAUGGUGACAAACUGUUGUCGUUUCCUGUGUUACUUCUGUCGCAUCAGUCGUCAGAAUCAGCGUUCCAUGUUUGACCACCUUAGCUACCUCUUGCAGAACAGUGGCAUUGGCCUUGGCAUGCGGGGCUCCACCCCCCUAGAUGUGGCUGCAGCCUCAUGCAUUGACAACAAUGAACUGGCACUGGCUCUGCAAGAGCAGGACCUUGAGAUGGUGGUGAAGUAUUUGGCUGGAUGUGGACUUCAGAGCUGCCCAAUGCUCCUGUCUAAGGGCUACCCCGACAUCGGCUGGAACCCGUGUGGGGGAGAGAAAUACCUUGAUUUCCUUCGUUUUGCUGUGUUUGUCAAUGGAGAAAGUGUAGAGGAGAAUGCCAAUGUAGUGGUGCGUCUGCUCAUUCGUCGACCUGAGUGCUUUGGCCCUGCCUUGAGAGGGGAGGGUGGUAAUGGUCUGCUUGCUGCCAUAGAAGAAGCUAUCAAAAUAUCAGAGGAUCCUGCAAGGGAUGGCCCCACUGUUAAGAAGGACAGACGCUUUCCCAUGUUUGGAGGAGAGGAGCAGCAUGAGGAGAACAGGGUGCACCUGGGAAAUGCCAUCAUGUCCUUCUAUUCUGCUCUUAUUGAUUUACUCGGACGUUGUGCUCCAGAAAUGCAUUUGAUCCAGGCUGGUAAAGGUGAGGCUUUAAGGAUCAGGGCCAUCUUGAGGUCUCUUGUUCCUAUUGAGGAUUUAGUCGGGGUCAUCAGUCUUCCUGUUCAGAUUCCAGCUUUUGGAAAAGACAACAGCAUCAUAGAGCCAAAGAUGUCGGCCAGUUUCGUUCCAGAUCACAAGGCUCCCAUGGUGCUGUUCCUGGACAGAGUGUAUGGUAUUGACAAUCAGGAUUUCUUGCUCCAUGUGUUGGAGGUGGGCUUUCUACCUGAUAUGAGAGCCGCUGCCUCUCUUGACACGUCUGCUUUCAGUACCACAGAGAUGGCCCUCGCUCUGAAUCGCUACCUUUGUUCUGCUGUUUUGCCGCUCAUCACCAAGUGUGCCCCCCUCUUCGCUGGCAGUGACCACCGAGCUAUCAUGAUCGACUCCAUGUUACAUACAAUCUACCGGCUAUCUCGUGGGCGAGCCUUUACAAAAGCCCAAAGAGACAUCAUUGAGGAAUGCCUCAUGGCUUUGUGCAAACAUCUACGUCCAUCCAUGCUCCAACACCUGCUGAGACGGCUUGUAUUUGAUGUGCCCAUUCUCAAUGAGUAUGCAAAAAUGCCAUUGAAGCUUUUGACCAACCACUAUGAGCGCUGUUGGAAGUAUUAUUGCCUUCCCAAUGGUUGGGCCAACUUUGGAGUCUCAUCUGAAGAGGAACUUCACUUGACCCGCAAGUUGUUCUGGGGUAUCUUUGAGUCACUGGCACACAAGAAAUUUGAUGCUGAGAUAUUCAAAAUCGCCAUGCCAUGCAUUUGCGCUAUUGCUGGGGCCAUUCCUCCGGACUAUGUGGAUGCCAGCUACUCCUCAAAAACAGAGAAAAAAGCCUCAGUAGAUGCCGAGGGAAACUUUGACCCGAAGCCAGUUGAGACCACGAACACUAUCAUCCCUGAGAGGCUGGAUCCGUUCAUCAACAAAUAUGCUGAGCACACACAUGAUAAGUGGGCUUUUGAAAAGAUCCAAAAUAACUGGUCUUAUGGCGAGGUACUGGAUGAAAAUGCAAAAACCCAUCCCAUGCUCAGACCAUACAAAACUUUCUCAGAAAAGGACAAAGAGAUCUACCGAUGGCCCAUCAAAGAGUCCAUCAAAGCCAUGCUCGCAUGGGAGUGGACCAUAGAUAAGGCCAGAGAGGAAGAGGAGUCAGAGAAGAAGAAAGCAGCUUCUCGGAAGAUCUCACAAACUGCACAGGCCACUUAUGACCCAAGCCAUGGUUACAGUCCCCAGCCCAUCGAAAUCUCACACAUGGCCCUUUCAAGAGACCUGCAGUCUAUGGCUGAACAGCUAGCAGAGAACUACCACAAUACCUGGGGGCGGAAGAAGAAAAUGGAGCUGCAGUCAAAAGGAGGUGGCACACAUCCUCUGCUGGUGCCCUAUGACACGCUAACAGCAAAAGAAAAGGCACGAGAUAGGGAGAAGGCUCAUGAGCUGCUCAAGUUUCUUCAACUCAAUGGAUAUGCUGUCACAAGGUACCAUGAUGAUAUAGAUUAUGAUAUAGAUUAUAAAAUCAAAUAUAUCAUGUUCUCUCAACCCAUUGUAAGUAGAGCGAAGCCAGAAAUGCUCAAGUCCCACUUCAUCCCGACGAUGGAGAAGCUGAAAAAGCGAAGGAAAGUGGUGGCUGAAGAAGACCAUCUGCGCAUGGAGGGCAAGUCGGAGGGGGAUGAGGAGGAUGGCACCAUACGGGAUGAGUUUGCUGUGCUCUGCAGAGACUUGUAUGCCUUGUACCCGCUCCUCAUCCGCUAUGUGGACAACAACAGGGCACACUGGUUGACAUGCCCAGAUCCGGAUGCAGAAGAGCUGUUCCGAAUGGUCGGGGAGGUCUUCAUAUUCUGGUCCAAAUCUCAUAAUUUCAAGCGAGAGGAGCAGAACUUUGUGGUGAUGAAUGAGAUCAAUAACAUGUCAUUCCUCACUGCUGACAGCAAGAGCAAAAUGAGCAAGGGCGGGGACUCCGAGGGUGGGGGCUCAGAUGCUGAACGUACCAAAAAGAAGAGACGAGGAGACCGUUACUCUGUGCAGACUUCACUUAUUGUGGCUGCCUUGAAAAAGAUGCUCCCCAUUGGCCUCAACAUGUGCUCUCCUGCUGAUCAGGAGCUAAUCAACCUGGCCAAGAUUCGCUACUCUUUGAGAGACACUGAUGAGGAAGUGAGAGAGUUCCUGCAGAACAACCUUCAUCUUCAGGGCAAGGUGGACAACCCAUCCAUGCGCUGGCAAAUGGCCCUAUACAAAGAAAUGGCAGGAAAAGCUGAGGACGCCGAUGCCCCAGAAAAAGUUGUGAAGAGAGUGCAGGAGGUUGCUGCUGUCCUCUAUCAUAUUGAAGUGACAGAGCACCCUUUUAAAUCCAAGAAGAUGGUGUGGCACAAACUGUUGUCCAAACAGAGACGUAGGGCUGUUGUGGCCUGCUUUCGGAUGACGCCUCUCUACAACCUUCCAAGGCACAGAGCAUCAAACAUGUUCCUUGAGGGAUUCAAACGUAACUGGAUCCAAACAGAGGGCUGCUCUUUCGAAGACAGGAUGAUAGAUGACUUGUCUAAAGCCAUGGAGCAAAAAGAAGGAGAUGAGGAGGAAGAGACAGAGGCCAAGCCAGAUCCCCUUCACCAACUCAUUCUGCAUUUCAGCCGCACUGCUCUUACAGAAAAGAGUAAACUUGAUACAGAUCAUCUUUAUAUGGCAUAUGCAGAUAUUAUGGCAAAGAGUUGUCAUAUUGGUGAGGAGGACGAAGGGGGAGAGGAGGUGUUGGAAAAUUCUGAGGAUGAGAUGUCCUUUGAGGUGCGACAGUCAGAACUGGAAAAGGAAAUGGAAAAACAAAGACUCCUGUACCAGCAGUCCAGACUUCAUAAUCGUGGUGCUGCCGAAAUGGUUUUGCAGAUGAUCAGCGCCUGCAAAGGUGAGACCGGCCCGAUGGUGUUCUCUACCCUCAAACUGGGCAUCUCUAUUCUAAAUGGUGGUAACAGUGAGGUUCAGCAGAAAAUGCUGGAGUACUUGAAAGAUAAGAAGGAUGUUGGCUUUUUUCUGAGCAUCCAGGCAUUGAUGCAAACUUGCAGCGUUUUGGAUCUUAAUGCCUUUGAGAGGCAGAACAAGGCAGAGGGGCUGGGUAUGGUUUCAGAGGAGGGAACCAACAUGUACGGAGACCGGGGUGAGAAAGUCAUGGCAGAUGACGAAUUUACAUGUGACCUCUUCCGUUUCUUACAAUUACUUUGUGAGGGUCACAACAACGAUUUUCAGAACUACUUGCGCACACAGACAGGCAGCACCACAACCAUCAACAUCAUCAUCUGCACAGUAGAUUACCUCCUCCGACUGCAGGAGUCAAUUAGUGAUUUCUACUGGUAUUACUCUGGCAAAGACAUCAUUGAUGAGCCGGGAAAGAAGAAUUUCUCCAAAGCUAUGACAGUGGCCAAACAGAUUUUCAACAGUCUGACUGAGUACAUUCAGGGCCCAUGCACAGGCAAUCAGCAGUCCUUGGCCCAUAGCAGGCUGUGGGAUGCUGUUGUUGGUUUCCUCCAUGUUUUUGCCCACAUGAUGAUGAAGCUGGCACAGGACUCCAGCCAGAUUGGUCUUCUGAAGGAGCUUCUUGAUCUUCAGAAAGACAUGGUUGUUAUGCUGCUCUCACUGUUAGAGGGAAAUGUGGUGAAUGGCACAAUUGCUCGUCAGAUGGUGGACAUGCUGGUAGAGUCUUCUAGUAACGUGGAGAUGAUUCUCAAGUUUUUUGACAUGUUUCUCAAGCUGAAGGACAUUGUAGUUUCGGAUGCCUUCCGUGAUUACGUCACUGACCCUCGAGGAUUGAUUUCCAAAAAGGACUUCCAGAAAGCCAUGGACAGUCAGAAACAGUACACCACUUCAGAGAUCCAGUUUCUUUUGUCCUGUUCAGAGGCUGAUGAGAAUGACAUGAUCAACUAUGAUGAGUUUGCCAGUCGAUUCCAGGAGCCUGCAAAAGACAUUGGCUUUAACAUUGCAGUGCUGCUUACCAACCUGUCUGAGCAUGUCCCCCACGACACCAGGCUGCAGAACUUCCUGGAACAAGCAGAAAGUGUGCUGAACUACUUCCGUCCCUUCCUGGGCCGUAUAGAAAUAAUGGGUGCUAGUAGAAAGAUUGAGCGUAUUUACUUUGAAAUCAGUGAAGUGAACCGCAGGCAGUGGGAAAUGCCGCAGGUCAGAGAGUCCAAACGACAGUUCAUCUUUGAUGUGGUAAAUGAGGGGGGUGAAUCUGAGAAGAUGGAGAUGUUUGUCAACUUUUGUGAGGACACCAUCUUUGAAAUGAAUAUCGCUUCACAGAUCUCAGAGCAGGAGGAGGAGGAAAAGGAAGAGGAGGAUGAUGAGGGAGUAGAAGGGGGAGGGGAGGGGGGAGUGGGAGGAGGAACAGGUGGAGGGGGAGAUGAAGAGAGCAAUGGAGAGGAGGUGCAACCUGAAUCGAGCUCUGCCUUUGCAGACUUCAUUAACAGUAUGUUAAGCUUCUUUAGCAUUUUUACCUUCCGUAACCUUCGCCGACAGUACCGCAGGGUGAGAAAAAUGACCAUAAAAGAAAUCGUGGUGGCUCUGUCCACUUUUUUCUGGACUAUCCUGAUGAGUAUACUAACCUUCAUCUACAAUGUGUGCAAAGGCUUCUUCAUGAUUAUCUGGCAAACCCUGUUUGGAGGUGGCCUGGUGGAGGGAGCUAAAAACAUCACUGUGACUGAGAUUCUGGCUAGCAUGCCAGACCCCACACAGGAUGAUGUGCAUGGGGAUCUACCAGGAGAGCCAAGGGCAGGGGAGGAGCAGGAGGCAGGAGGGGUGACUGAAACUGGAGAAACUGGGAGUGGAGAGGAAGAGGAGGAGGACACCCAAGAAAAGGAGGGUGGGAGAAUACCAGGUAUAGAUGCUCCAGGUGGACUUGGGGACAUGGGUGUGGAGGCAGCUGUGGAACCGCCAACACCUGAAGGGUCUCCAAUAACAAAGAGAAAACUGCAACCGGAGGAGGCCGACAGCACCCAGAAACCUCCUGAACCUCCUGCAGUAGAAGAACCCCCUCCAGAACCUGAGAAGGCCGAAGUUGAAAAUGGAGAGAAAUUACAGAAAGAAUCUCAGACCAAAGAGAGUGAACAACCAGUCAGACCAACGAAAUCUGCUGCUAAGAAAGAGAAGAAACCCAGAAAAGAGGGAGGGUUUCAGAUUUGGACUGAACUGGAUAUCCAAAGAAAUAAAUUCAUGAACUACCUCUCAAGAAACUUCUACAAUCUCCGUUUUCUGGCUCUGUUCAUCGCAUUUGCCCUGAACUUCAUUCUGCUUUUCUACAGGGUGUCUGACAGUCCUCCUGAGGGAGAUGAAUUGGAAGGAUCAGGAAUGUUUGAGGGAAGUGGAGCUUUUGAAGGCUCGGGGUUAUUUGAGGGAUCAGGAGAAGAGGCUGAAGGUUCUGGGAUGAAUGAGGGAGGAGACGAGGAUGAGGAGGAGGGCCCAGUUUAUUUCUUUUUAGAGGAGAGCACUGGCUACAUGCAGCCUACAAUGGCCUUCCUUUCAGUCCUACACACAAUCAUCUCCUUCAUUUGCAUAAUUGGAUACAACUGCCUUAAGAUUCCACUGGUCAUCUUUAAGAGGGAGAAGGAACUUGCCAGAAAGCUGGAGUUUGAUGGUCUCUACAUUACUGAGCAACCUGAGGAUGAUGACAUCAAAGGCCAGUGGGAUCGAUUAGUCCUUAAUACACCCUCUUUCCCAAACAACUAUUGGGACAAAUUUGUCAAGCGAAAGGUUCUGGAUAAGUAUGGAGAUAUUUAUGGCAGAGAGAGAAUUGCUGAGCUUCUGGGGGUGGAUUUAGCCUCCCUAGAUGUGAGUCAACAACAUGAGAAGAAACAGGAGGAGCCAGACAACUCCAUGUUCACAUGGGCCACUUCCAUUGACAUCAAGUACCAGAUCUGGAAAUUUGGUGUUGUGUUUACAGACGGUACUUUCCUUUAUCUCUGUUGGUACUUGAUAAUGUCUUUGCUUGGGCACUACAACAACUUCUUUUUUGCCUGCCACUUGCUGGACAUUGCCAUGGGCGUCAAGACACUUCGUACCAUCCUGUCCUCAGUCACACACAAUGGAAAACAGUUGAUGAUGACAGUGGGCCUGCUAGCAGUGGUGGUGUACCUCUAUACUGUAGUAGCCUUCAACUUCUUCCGCAAGUUUUACAACAAGAGUGAGGAUGAAGAUGAGCCCGAUAUGAAAUGUGAUGACAUGAUGACUUGUUACCUUUUCCACAUGUAUGUGGGUGUGCGUGCUGGUGGAGGCAUAGGCGACGAGAUUGAGGAUCCUGCCGGAGACGAAUACGAGCUCUACCGUGUGGUCUUUGAUAUAACCUUCUUCUUUUUCGUCAUUGUCAUCCUCCUGGCAAUCAUUCAGGGUCUGAUCAUUGAUGCUUUUGGAGAACUCAGAGAUCAACAAGAGCAAGUGAAGGAAGACAUGGAGACGAAGUGCUUCAUUUGUGGCAUUGGAAGUGACUACUUUGACACCACACCGCAUGGUUUCGAGACCCACACCUUUGAUGAACACAACCUGGCCAAUUACAUGUUCUUCUUAAUGUACCUCAUCAACAAAGAUGAAACAGAGCACACUGGUCAGGAGUCAUAUGUAUGGAAGAUGUACCAGGAGCGAUGCUGGGAUUUCUUCCCGGCUGGAGACUGUUUCAGGAAGCAGUAUGAGGAUCAGCUUUCCUAG